AAUCAGUAAUGCUACCUGAAAAUGAUAAUUAAUUAUUAAAGGUGAAAUCAUAGUCCUUUUUUAAUGUUGCAUGCAUAAAAGAAAGAAAUGAAGAAAAAAAUGUAAACUAACUUUAAUGACACCAGAAACCUUUGUGUGUAUAUAUUAUGUUUGACAGUAGUAUGUCAUAAAAGUUUCAUGAUAUACCCUCAUGGGAACAACGAUGUCAGAUAGUUUUGAGUGCAUUAGGAAAUGUGGGGACUUUAUUAUUUCCAGUGUUGGGUAUUAUGCAGACAUAUUGCAUUGGGACAUGUAACUGAAGGCAGCACCGUGACUCCAUUUAUUGAGCACAAUUCGCUUUGAUCUGCUGGGAGAAUACCAAUUGGCAGUCCCAGGUUACCCACUUUUUCUACAUUUUUAGUAAACUUUUUUGCUCGAGAUUUUCUUUUUGCCAAAAUUAGGCCUCAAAUUUAUUAUGCUGCCAGUACAAGUUGUUGUAUUUUUUACACAGAACAAUAUGAUAAUCUAAAGUAAAUUAGCUCAUGGCGAGAAUUGUUGCAUCACUAUGAUAGUAUCAGAGCUAAAACACAUGUAAAGCCUCAUUUCCAGACUGGUAAAUCCGAGAGGGCCAAUCAGAAGCCUGACAUGGCAACAACCUUAUCUCUCCUUCCAAUCCUAGAAAGCCAGAGAUAUAAAUAUUAAGGUUAGGGGUUUUUUAAAAGAAAAAUAUCCCACUAGAAAGAUUUUUAAGACAGAGGGAGUGAAAAUGUAUUUUCCAACAUAGAACAGAUGUGCAUUUGUAGGGAGAAAAUACAAGUCUGAGAUCUCUGAUUGUUUUCCUCUACCUAAAGAAGUAGGUCUGGUUGUAACCCAAUCCUACUCAAAUAAAUAACUGCUGAACAAAGUGGUAUAUAUGUCGGGAGUGGGAUAUAUUUGAUUUGAUUGGCCAGUGGCUCUUCCCCAAGGUUGAACCGGGACACUGUAGCUGAGAUUGCAGAAUUAGACAUGGCAGUAAUGUGCAGAAGCUGAUCAGCAUCAAACUGAACAUCAUCCUCAUUUUGUGAUUUUAAAACGAUUAAGAAAAAAUGUCCUAUUUGGAAUACUUUGAUGAAUUUCUCUCGAUUUACUUUUAAAAGAUUCUCUAGUUGCAUUUUUAACCCUUUUUAUUUGUUAUCUCCAUUAAGAGAGUGACAAAUGUGUGAAGAGAAUGAUAAGAAUUUUCAAGGAUUUUUGUUGAGAAGGAUUGCUACAGACAACAUGAGAUUAUCAGAACAAGAAUUGUCUGAUGGUAGUGCCGCAAAUGUCCCAUGGUUCCGUUGGACAGAAAAUGACGACAGGAUGAAAUUUCACCAGAGACUAAUCGCCAUCAGCGGUUUUCUGUUCCUUAUAGCACUGUGUCUUUUGUUCUUGGAGGAUUUACCAAGGAACCUUCAGGCAAAGCAUGGCAACCAUCACAUAUCCUAUAGAGAUUCUCCCCUAAGAAAUCUUAGAUAUGUCCAAAACGACCCUCUGAAUCUCAGCAACCAAGUUUGUUUCCAGUAUGAACACUUGAAAGCAGAAACUAACAUUUCCCUGGUUGGUUUGCGGCUCAAGAAUAAUUACAACCUGGGAGCAGGGGGCGACUAUGUUUUGCCAACCUUGACCCCAGGAAGAGAAUAUGGGUCAUCUAUUCGACCUCUGAAGGUCAUUGUGAUGCCACACUCUCACAACGAUGCUGGGUGGCUGAGGACCCUUGAGGAGUAUUACGUGUACACAACCAAGAACAUUUUAAACAACAUGGUGGACAAAUUGAGGUUGUACCCCAAUAUGACCUUUGUCUGGGCUGAGGCAGUGUUUCUGAACAUCUGGUGGAAUGAGUUGGAAGAUGACAUGAAAGUUCAGGUGAGAAGACUAAUAAAGAACGGGCAGUUGGAGAUAGUGAGUGGAGGGUGGGUGAUGCCGGAUGAGGCCUCCACUUCCUACUAUUCCAUCAUUGACCAGCUGAUGGAGGGCCACCAGUGGAUCCUGGAAAACCUCCAUGUCAAACCCAAAAACAGCUGGGCCAUCGACCCGUUCGGUCACUCCGGAACUGUUCCCUACCUGUGGAAGAAAGCAGGGCUGGAGAACAUGGUCAUCCAGAGGAUUCAUCAAGCAACCAAGGCCUCCCUGGCCCAGCAGAAAAGUCUGGAGUUUCUAUGGCGACAGCCUUGGGAUGUCAAAGGAUCAUGGGAUAUGUUGUGUCAUGUGAUGCCAUACAUGUUGUAUACUGUGAAACACACGUGUGGGCCUAAUCCAUAUGUUUGUAUGAUGUUUGACUAUCAGGUUCAUAAAAGGAAGUAUAGGAAGACAUUUGCAGCACCAAUUUCUUUAGAUAAUAUACAGGAGCAAUCCAAACAACUGUAUGAACAAUAUCGUAGGAAAGCUAGUCUUUAUAACUACGACACUAUUCUAGUUCCACUAGGUGACGAUUUUAGAUAUGAUUCUGCCCAGGAGUGGGAUCAACAGUACCAGAACUAUAACAUGCUCAUGGAGUACAUGAAUGCUAGAGAUGACUGGAAAAUUGAUGUGCAGUUUGGAACACUCAAAGACUACUUUGAAAUCCUCAGAAAAUCUGAGAAGGAAAAAACUCUACAACACAAUGAUAAAAAUUUUCCGACUGUGUCAGGGGAUUUUUUCCCUUAUUCAGACAAGAGCAAUGCCUAUUGGAGUGGUUAUUUCACCACAAGGCCGCAUGCAAAAAAAUUCAGCAGAGAAGUGGAAAAAAAUCUUAAUGCAGCUGACAUUUUGAAUACAUUGGUCACAGGCUACAGUAAAAAGUGGAAUGUAGAAUACCCAGCUUAUCAUGAUAUUUCAAACUUCCUACAACAGUCUAGAAGAAAUCUAGCUUUAUUUUUGCAUCAUGAUGCUAUCACUGGAACUUCAAAAGAAUAUGUAAUGCAGGACUAUGAAAAUAAACUCUUUCACUCUUUUAAUGCAACACAAAAAGUGAUUUCAAAAUCGGCCCAGUUCCUCAUUAGUGGAGGAAAUUCAGAAGUUCCCCUGAUAUUGGAGCCAGAGGAGGUCAAGACCUCGUAUGAUUCAGUGACUAAAAAACAGGUGUUACAUGUCACUAAAACAGGGGUUCCUGUCAUUUUAUUCAACUCGCUGGCAAAAGCCAGAGUCGAACUGACUUCAGUGCUGGUAGAUACUGAUAAAGUCAUUGUAAAAACAAGAGAUCACGAAGAGAUUCCCUAUCAACUCAAUCCAGUUUGGCAAAACAGUGCAUCAGUCCAUCAGAGUCAAUUUGAGAUAAUCUUUCUUAAAAAAUUAGCUGCCUUAUCACUGGAUGUUGUGUACUUGGUUAGAGUGGAGGAGGGGGAGGAAAUUAAAUCCGUUUACCCGGCAAAAAUUUCCAUCUUCAAUUCUCUGCAGUUGAAUAUUGCUCCAGAAUUGAUAUUUGAGAAAGAAGAGCCGAAGUAUUCUGGUAACCAUCAAAGUAAUAUCUCUCUUGAAAACGAAUACCUGAGAGUGGAAUUUGAUCCUAAGACAGGUUUACUGAAAUGCCUGAAGGAUAAAAGAACAGGAAAUACCACAAGAAUUGAUCUGACUUUCAUGCAAUACAGAUCUCAAGGAAGUGGAGCGUACUUGUUCUAUCCGAAUGGAGAGGCCAGACCUCUUCAUUUAGGGAUUCCCAUCAUUCAUGUAAUGGAGGGCCCCUUCAUGUCUCAGAUAGAAGUCGUUCAUCCGAAUCUGAGACACAGUGUUAAACUCUUCAGUUUGGCCGCUGAACAAGCUCACGGACUCCAUGUGCAGAACUUUUUCGACAUGCAUGCAAACAAAGUGAAAAAUCUACAGGACACUGAGAUAAUCAUGAGAUUAAAUUCUGACAUUCAAAAUACUGUUUUCUUUACUGACCAAAACGGAUUCCAGAUGAUCGCUAGGAAAACAAAUCCUAAUCGCUAUGUGGAGUCCAAUUAUUUCCCCAUGACCAGUAUGGGCAUUGUGGAAGAUGCCCACAGGAGACUGUCUGUCCAUAGUGCCCAGGCCCAUGGGGUGGCAGGGCUCUCCCCGGGGCAGUUUGAGAUCAUGCUUGACAGAGAGCUGCUGUAUGAUGAUGACAGGGGGCUGGGGGAGGGGGUCCAGGACAACCGACUCACACAGAAUGAUUUCGUUAUACAGCUAGAAUAUAAAGAGGACAUCUCAACAAAUACUGAUGUCCCCAAUCAACAACCGAUCUCAAAUCAUCAGCCUGGUAGCUUAGAAACUCACACAUUCCCAACCAUUUUAAGUAUGCAAAUCAAUGACUUAUUGCAGAAGCCCAUCAUUAAGCUCUUCACCUCUGUAUCCACAGACCUUUUCAAAAAUCACUUCCAACCUGUGGCUUCCGCUCUACCAUGUGAUAUCAGUCUAGUGCACAUGAGAAACUUGAUCAAUUCAGAGCUAGACUACACAAAUUCCAGUCUUGUUUUGCACCGACGGGGUUACAAAUGUGGCUUCCCAACGCGGGACGUCCAGUGUGCAUUAGACUCCCCUGUAUCGGUGGCUUCCAUUUUCAAAGACUUGUCUGUGUACAGUGUAAAAGAGGUCUCUCUCACACACAUGUACGACAAAAGAAAACUUUCUCCCAGCACAAAGCUACACAUUCCAGCCAUGGAGCUCCUCACUGUGCAAUUUUCACUGGACAAUGGCAGGUAGCAGAUGACCCGAGCAAUAGACUUUGAUUAUUACUAUUGUUCAUAUUAUUUAUUUUUUAAAUUAAAAAGUUAUGGGAAUUUUGGGAUCAAAGGAAAUUUUAGGCACUGUCUAUAUUGCUUUAAUGAAACAACUUCAGACUAAAUAGGAAUUGUACUGAAAAUUCAUGGAGCAUGAAAAAGUAUGUUUUGUUCCAAAUAUCAUCAUAUUGGAACAACAACAGUUUGUAGCUUUUUAUUUUCUAAAAUGAAUUAAGGAUAUGAUGAAACAAAUAAAAAGUUAAUUUUAGUAAACUGUUUAAUCAUUGCUAUUGUGGAUGGCUCAAUUUUUAAUAUGUGGAUACCCUUCACCACAAAUUUCAACUCUGAUUAAAUUAUGAAACUUUAUCUGUAUUGAUGAUGAAGUGAAUUCAGGAUUUUGAAAUUAGGAUUUUAAAAUAAUUAUUUGUGUAACAUGCAUUUUUGCACAUUUUCUCCAUGCUUGGGAGAAUAUUAUGAAAAUCAUGAUAGUUAUCGCAAUAUUGUUUUGAAGUAAAAGAAAAAAAAACAUUGCUGUUCAUCACAUGAUUUUCUACUGCGAUUAUCGAUUUUUCUCUCUGUAUCGCCAAUAUCCUUAUAUUAUGAUGCUUUAGUCAUGUCUCUAGAGGUAGCCUUAAAGGCAGAAGAUAGGUCUAGUGGAGCUCUAGGUACUGAUAUAUUUAUACACUGAACUAAUGUGGCCAGUUUAUUGUCUGUGGCAGCCAUUUCCCCCGGGGAAAAAUUGGCUUGCCACUGAAUCCACAAGUCAGCAAAAUUUUGUUAGAUGCAGCAACAUUCUAAAGUUAUUAACAGAAGUAAAAAGAAUUGGUGUUUAAUGUUUAAGCAAAUAUUUACAGCUCAAAUUUUAUUUUUUAUUUUUUUUUCGCAUUUCCUAGAAUGUAUUGUGCUAUUUGUAAAAAUUGACUGCCUAAAAUUAAUGACCUGGGUGACUAUAACUGAGGUAUAGAAAGUUCUUUUAUCGUAUGUAUAUGGUGUUUGGAAAUGUUGCAACAUUGCUGUAGAUAGAUGUACAUUUAUUGCUAAAACUACAGCAAGAAAAAAAAUGUUAUGAAAGUAUGGAUUUCAUCUGUAAACGCAUUUCCCAUCAUUUCAAUGCUCGUAAUUUGUACAUUCCGUGUCAUUUUAAAUGCCGCAUUUUUAUAAGAAAGUUAACCUUAAUUCAUGUAAGCAUUGUUUUCAUGUCAGAGAAAUUCACAACAUCCUUUUCAUGCUCAUGUAGUGUACCUGUACAUCUUAUAUGGUUGUCACUGGACUGUAUUCAUUUGAUGGAUUUUAUGCAGAAAAUAAAUAUAUUCAAAAACCAG